AUGGCUGAAAAUGGCGAAGAAAAACUCAUAGCUGUUGCUCGUCAUAUUGCUAAAACUCUUGGUCAUACUGAUACUAUGACUGAUGAUAUUCUUCAAAUCUUCUCUAGUUUCGAUAAUCGUCUCCGUGAAAAGCUCACUGAUGAUCAGCCCACUAGCUGUGCUUCACUUGAACGAACCCUUAAAUCCCUUCACCGUCAGAUCUCUCGUUACGUCUCCACCGAACAUCCCUUAUGGUCCGAUUCAGCUGAUUCUUCCUCUUUCCUUGAUUCCCUUGACGAAUUAAUAGCCACAAUUCGCGAGUGGAACCCUAUGGCGAGUGACAAAUCCGUUUCUGCUUGUCUUGAUAAAGCUGAGGAUUUACUCCAACAAGCUAUGUUCCGUUUGGAGGAUGAGUUCAAAACCCUCAUGCAACGCGCUGCUGAGUCCUUGGAUCUCACGCGCUACCAGAACGGCGAACCGGCAGCGAAUCUGAACUACUCCUCUGAUUCCGAAGAUGACAAUUACGACAUCCUUAUUGACGCUUUACCGGCGGGAACCGUCAGCGAUCUUCACGAGAUCGCAAGAAGGAUGGUGGCCGCCGGAUACGGGAAGGAGUGUUCGCACGCGUACAGCGCGUGUAGGAGAGAGUUUCUGGAGGAGAGUCUGAGUAGACUGGGGUUGCAGAAGCUGAGUAUUGAUGAAGUGCAGAAAAUGCAGUGGACUGAGCUGGAAGACGAGAUUGAGAAAUGGGUCAAAGCGGUCAAUGUUGCGCUCCGGAUUCUGUUCCCGAGUGAACGCCGUCUAUGCGAUCGC